CCGAUGAGCUUGGCCGAGUCGGCAGCAGCUCUCUUCUGCAGCCGCUCCGUCGGACGCUGGCGGAGAGGCGUUCAUGAGAGAGACUGGGGCAGGCCUGGGCCUGGGAGAACAGACCGGGCCACAUCUCUUGUCGGUGUCAAUGCAAUGCAAUUCAAUUCAUGGCAUCUCUGCCUCUGGUGAGAGUUCUGUGGGGUCAUCACGGUCAAUCUCCUUCCUGCAUCUUGGAUCUUUACUUCGCCUCCAUACCUUUUACAUCGCUCUGAUCGGCCGUUUUUUAUAUCUCCUGGCCAAUGCCGUCGUCGCUGGAGAAAAUGCUCGCCAGAACUUCACUUUCAUAAAACAGCCCCAUGCUCUCAAAGUGACCUUGGCAGCCCGAUGGGACACAAAGCUGUGGGUUUCAUCGCACCACAUCCGAAUACUCACAGUCGUGGCUUCGACAUCUCUGGCUGGACAAGGCACACAGCCAGACCAGACGCGGUCGCGAUCGCUAGGCGAGCAGGUUCUCUCGCUCGGCAGUCUCCCCAGUCUCGCACUGCCUUCACAAAUCGCCUAGCGAAAGCAACCGCUUUGUCCCGGUGACGCAUGUUUGUAAGCGCUUCAU